AUGCUUCGCAACUUCGAUCAGUCCCAGCUCCCAGUGCUGUUGGCCGCCUACAACGACGUGUGGCGCACGGGGAUAGUGCCGCAAGAGUGGCGCGAAACCAUCGUCGUCCCCGUGAUCAAGAAGCGCAAACCCGCCUCGGGGCCAGCGUCCUGUUGCCCUGUUUCCCUUACCUCUGCAGCAGGCAAGCUCUUGGAGCUCUUGGAGGCCACGGCUCUGAGGAGACUUGAAUGGAUGGCCGAGGCACUGGAUGUUUUCUCGCCUUCGCAAUGUGGCUUCCGCCGUUCGCAUGCCACUUCCAACGCCCUUGCCGACGUCAUGGCAACGCUAGAGGAGGCACAGCACAAAUGA